UGAAAUCGUAAUUAUUGUAAUCAACCAAUCAUCACAUCACAACACUAACUGUGGCUGCUUGUUUUGGUAUGAAUAAAGGAAUGGAAAUUCAUCUACCAUAAGAAGAUGGUCUACUCCGCAUACAGCCAAGUAGCUUUCCUAACUCUGUUGGCAUUUUCAGUCAUAAAUUCAGAAAAAUCGGAGGAAAUAACUUCCCUUACUAGGUGGCUGGAAGGAAAUGAAGUUAAAAUAAAAGAGGUAAUUUCGGAGCUCAAAGCUGCAGAAGGGAGAGCACAAAAUAUUACAGCCAAGAUUCUUAGUCAGAAUGCAAGCUUACGAGGAGAAAUAGAAAACUAUACGGACUGCCUGGAAACUGCAUACAAAAACAAGUGGGGACAAAUCCUAUUUGAAACACGCACUAUCUUCUACGUUGAUCGCAAAAUAACUCAUGAAAUAAUAAAUUGUUACGAACACCAAGCCUGGGAAUAUUAUAGAAGAACGCAGAGGUUUACUGUAGAUAAAUGUCAGAAAAAUCUACCAUCGUCAAAUCAAGAAGAUCUGCAGGAACUGAAAGAACAAAUUGAAGCAGUAUUCUACAAUAACAAAGAGUUUAGCGCUAAAAUUCUUGAUAAAAACAUUUACACAACUUACUUGAAGACGUUGACAGGUGAGAUAUAUUUUGCAUCAACUUCCAGUCUCAAUCAUGCAAAAGUGACUUGCGAGGAAAAGGUCGGUUAAUGUAGUGCAGCUAAGAAUCUCCAAGACACGAGAUGUGAGACAGUCUGGAUGGAGGAUGAUAAGUGGACGAAGUACAACACAGGAUUCGGAUAUUCACUGCAACUGUUAGAUGACAUUUUUCACCAUCUACUACUCUCCCACCAUACAGCACAAAUAUAGGUCAAUGAGUGUGUGGUUCAAAUUGAAAUCUCGAAAACGCCUGUUCAACCGAAUGGUGAAAGCAUCAUCAGUGGCGUUGUAAGUUACCAUGCGGAUAUCCCACAAUGAAUAAUAUCGUGGCAGUUCUAAAUAGACAAUAUCAUGAAUGUAUGAGAAUACACAUGCACACUUCAUAGGCGACAAUGAGGAUAUGCAAGCAAGUCAGCGAAUUCCACACGAGUCUUAGUGAAUUACUGAAAGAGAGCAACUCAUGUACUCAGACAAACAAUGAGAAUUGAAACUGUCACUCACUGAAAAUACUCAGAAUUCUCGGAUUGCAUGAAUAAGCAUACAGUUCACCAACAAUCAUCCUUCUCUCCAGUACACGUGUUUCUUGAUUACUUCACCACUCAUAUUUUAUUCAAAAAUACUGCUAACUGAUUUUAUUCUCAUACAGGAAAUUGAAGAGACGAGAACCAGGAUGAAUGUUCAAGUCGGCGUACUACUGAAUAGAUGUAGAUUGUGAAAGCUUUCGUAAAUAUUUUCUUUUCAAUAAAAUAAAUUAAAUAAAUCAAUUAUCUGCUA